CAUACUUCUGUGUUUUUACUUGAACAGUAACCAACAAGGAAACAUAUUCACCAUACAGAAGAUUUCAACAAGUCCGUAAUCAUGGUUGUAGCAAAAUCAUGGACAAUGGUGAAGCAUUUUGAUGGGGGACCAAAACCUGAGGAUUUUAAGCUGGUUGAAGAGGAGCUGCCAGCACUCAAAGAUGGAGAAUUGUUGUUGGAAUCAGAGUUUUUGAGUGUGGACCCAUACAUGAGGCCAUACAGUAGGCGAAUUAUGGAAGAAGGGGAUGUUAUGAUAGGAUCCCUGGUUGCCAGAGUAACGGAGAGUAAAAAUCCUGAGUUCCCAGUGGGAGGAUACUAUGUUGCACAGGUUGGAUGGAGAACACACUUCAUAUCUGAUGGCAAAGGACUACGUGCAAUACCCUCCAGCUGGCCUGAGUCUCUUCCUAAAUCACUGGCACUUGGAGCUGUAGGCAUGCCUGGUCUAACUGCAUACUUUGGCCUAUUGGAAAUCUGUAGUCCCAAGGAAGGAGAUGUUGUUCUUGUUAACUGUGCUGCUGGUGCUGUUGGUUCUCUAGUGGGACAAAUUGCAAAAAUCAAAGGCUGUAAAGUAGUCGGAUCUGCUGGCUCAGUUGAAAAAGUUGCAUAUUUAAAGGAAAUUGGUUUUGAUGAAGCUUUCGACUACAAGACUGUGAGCUCACUGGAUGAAGCAUUGAAGACCGCAUCUCCAGAGGGCUACGAUUGUUACUUUGAGAAUGUUGGAGGAAAGUUUGCAGAUGCUGCCUUGCAACAAAUGAAAGAUUUUGGAAGAAUUGCUGUGUGUGGAGCCAUCUCCAUGUACAAUGAUGCAGUGCCUCCUUCAGGACCUUACAUACAACCAUAUAUCCUGUUCAAACAACUCCGAAUGGAAGGGUUCAUUGUGACUCGCUGGCAGAACAGAUUUGAGGAAGGGCAGAAGCAGCUUCUGCAGUGGGUUUUAGAGGGCAAAGUGAAAUAUCAUGAACACGUGACCAAUGGCUUUGAGAACAUGCCAGCAGGUUUCAUGGGAAUGCUCAAGGGAGAAAACAUUGGGAAAGCAAUUAUCAAAGUGUAGAUUUUUUAUCAAUGGGAAAAGACAAAAACCUGGUAUUGCUGACUUCUU